AUGGACGAAAAUAACUAUUUAACACCUAGUAAAAUACUAAGAUUACUUCAUAUGGCAGAAGAUAGAUCAUUUAAUGCACCUAGGACAAUUCUAAACUAUGACGAUGCAAUUAAUAGAAACCUUCAAAACCCAUCUCCUUACACUGGAGAGUCGUCUUCCGGUAUUUUGGAUUUGGAACGGUUAAGAGGCUUUGGUGAAACAAGCACACUUUCUACAGCAUUCAAUCCAGGUGAAAUGACUGGCAGGUCCACGGAAGCAGUCGAUCACAAUGAAGCAUUUGAAAAUACUGGUCGCCAUUCUGUUGCUCUGGAAAGCUUGACAAGCCACAUGGAAAGACAGACCCAGGAGGUUUCAAAACUUAUAAGGCACUCUGUUGCAAGCUUUUCAUCAAAAUACAAUGUGGAUCUAAGUGCAGAUGAAAACCAAUUAAUCAAGGAAAAAUUCAAUUCACCCCUAGAUGCAACAACAACUUCUGAGUUAAUUAAAGAUAUGCCCCAAAGUAUGGUGAAUCUACAAGAUGCAAGCAUGGUAAGCAAUUUCAAUAUGUCCGAGAGAGAAGUGUAUUUCAAACAGAAGUGUCCUAACUUUUCUGAAAUCCUUGGAAACGCAGAUAGUCCAGACAGAUAUAUGAGGCCAAGCAUUUCUGAAGUAUCAUCUCACAAUCCAAUAGAAACACCAAAGAGACAACACAAAACAUACAAUGUCGAUCAAACUUUAGACAAAGUGCCAGUGAGACAACCAAAACCCACCGCUUUGAUAAAGCCAAGUGAUUUAUCCAGCUUUGAGCCAGAAACAUCAGUUAUGAGUGAAAUGGGGAAUUAUUUCCAACAUGGCCCGAAUUAUUCUGUCACACCAUCUUUUAAGGGUCAGAAGAAAAUAACACCAACGGAUAUUAUGUUAAAUAAUUUGAAAUCCUCAUACCGAUUAGUGCACGAGGAUACAGAGAUGUCGCCGGAUGAAUCUAUUAGUGUGUCCAAGAUUGCUGAUUUUUUGAACCGACAGUCAACUAUAUGCAAAGUGUCAGAUAUAAUUCAAGUAAAUCAAGUGAAACCAAAUAAAAAACCUUUAUCAGAGCUUCAAAUGAAUAUAGAUCAAGAUAUGUAUGUCACGAAAUUGAAAGAUACAAAAAAGAUGAACACUGCUAGCUCCUCUGGCACAGGAAGCACCGUGAUCUCGUUAGAUAAUUUAAAAAUAUCUGAAAAAAUACCGGAUGUGAUUGUAACAAAGGAUUCCUUGACUAUGGAGAAUGAGAACCGAAGUAAGGCAUCGGUGAAAUCGAAAUCUCCUUCCACUCAGUCAACCCGAACCACUGUACAGGAGAAUAAAAGUUUCAAAGAAUCGAACAGUCCACUGCACUCCAGUAAAGGUAAUAGCGAGGCUAAUACAUCUCACAUUCCUUCCCCAAAUAUCGUUUAUAAAGAGUUAGAACAGUCAGUUGAUUGGCAAGAUGUGAUACAACUGAAACGUUACAAUGAAGAACGCUUUGCAAAAGCUCAAUGGAUCGACAUUGUGGCGAUGCCUGUUCAAGGAUACGUAGGUAUAAGUACACCUGUGACCAUAAACAUAACGACUCGCGUGGACAGCUGGCUGACCGCGAGAUUCGAACCGAACGCAGUCAAAGAUAUAACCAUUGAACUACCGCGACAGCCGUUCCUCCUAUCCCCUGGAAAGAACGAAAAAUUCAUAUUCAACAUCACAUGCAAUAAGGAAACGAAACAAAUAUUACCAUUCUCCAUACACUUGAAGGAUACGUCGAAGGAUGAGAUGUGCGAAGAGAAAGAUGCGGUCGAAAUAGAUGUUAAAUUGCCCUCAAUACAGGCAAUAUCGAGAGAUGGAAUGAACAAAGUUAUAUUUCCUAUAAUACAAGAGAAAUCACAUAUAACGAAGUAUUUUGUCAUUGUCAGCGAUUGUCCGGGAGAGUUGGAGUUGGAAAUGACAGUUGCCUCAGAUCUGUUCGUGAUAAUGAACGUUCAGGAGAUUAAGAAGAGCGAAAUGAGUAAAGUGUUGAUGGAGUCUAAUUUGGUCCAGGGUAAACCGGAGGUUGGGAGGAAGUUGUGUAGGCUGAGUGGGGGGAACGCGGUUAAAGUUACGGUUAUGUUUAAAGCGCCACAGUUAACGGAUUUGGAUAUAGAAGGCAAAAUGGCAACGUUUACCGGCAUUUUGAAUAUUAAUCUGACCGGUGUGAACACUGUACUAAAUAAAGUGGAUCUCGUUGGAACUGUCGGCACUGCGCAGCUCGAAGUGAAGUCAGCUGGUAAAGUCCAAAUUGCUGCUGAACCGACCCCUAUAACAGUGACGAACAUAGGGUCAUUAACAGGGGUAUGGCUUGUUAAGUUCAAGACUUCAACUGUUGAAGAAACAAUUCCUUUUAAAGUGUCUCCGGGCAAGUUUGAGCUAAGACCGACUGCAACUAGAGUCUUACAAGUUGUUUAUACAGGACCACCCGAUGUAGUUUAUGAAGGUUACCUCAUAUUGGAAGAAGUUACAACUCUCGCGACAACUCAUAUCUUGAUAAGUGGCGGUUCCGAAAAAGUUAGAACAUUUCCCAUCAAAACCAAUUUAAACAAUAUCUCAUGGGUCAAAGCGGGGAAGAAAGAGCUGAGUUUGAAGAACUCCACCAAUAAAAAAGUGCAAAUUCGCUGUCAUAUUGUCGGAGAAGGAUUUUCUAUUGAAUCAUCGGGAUCUCGCACAUACAUGAUGUCUUUGGGUAGUUGCGAGUGUCGUCCGUUGUCUGUGGUUUUCUCGCCCAUUUCAAACACUCCACACGUGGCCUCCCUUCAUCUAAUUUUGGACAAAACUACUCAGCUUUCCAGAAAGAUCAAACUUCAUGGAUGCGUAAGCGGUGAUCCAAUUCGAUGGUCGGGACUAGUGACGUAUGGUGAGACAGCGUUAGUUCGCGCCGUACUACGUCGGCCUAUUGAACUCACUCUGUACAAUCGCGCAUCUGUCCCGGCCUUUAUUUCUGCUGCUUUGCAUUUCAACUUACAAUACAGAUGUUUGUCAUCAAAUGCGGAAUUGCAAGGUGCAAGACGUAUAAUGGGAAAACGUGGAAAACAUUCAAUAAUUUUACGGGUGGAUUGGCCGAGACUCGAACGGCGAGCCCGUGCAGUCGAAACCACAACCCUGGCUACACUCACUGUACUUACCGGACCGGAAUUUACUCGACGGAGGAUACUUAAAAUACUUCGCGAUGAAAACAACGGACACCUUGAUACUUCGUUAUUGCCGGAGCAUUUGAAGGUUUUGGCGGAACCUUUUGAUGGAGAGGAUCCGACUUUGGAUAAAUAUUUGGAAAACUUCAGCGAGACAAAGGCAUCUCUGAAUGAGCUAAUUGAAGGCCUACAAGAGCUGACAGCUCAAAUUGACGUCCCACAGGACUUCGUCGAUGACAACACAACUAUUAUUAGCGAUGACACGAUGUUAGAACAUCAUACACUUUGCGAAUAA